AUGAAUAUUACAAAUGUUAAAAUUGGGGCGGAGGAGAGCUAUGGAUUCCUGUGCAUCCCACAAAAUAGGCUCCUCUGCAAAGGAGUCUUCAAUGGCGAUAAUCCCUUCAAGUUUAUUGGUCCUAUUUUCCUUGCUCAGCUCGCCAUCGGUGCCUUCUUCACUAGCGCUUGCCAAUUCCUUCUUAGACCUUUGGGCCAAGCCAACAUUGUUGGCCAAAUCCUGGGUGGUAUAAUUGCAGGGCCCUCAGUUCUUGGGCAGAACAAAGAAUAUAUGGAAACCAUAUUCCCAGGAAAAAGCAUGAAUUUAAUGAAGACAAUAUCAUUGUUUGCGUGUAUGACGUUCGUGUUUCUAGUUGGUGUGAGAAUGGAUGUGGAUGUAGUGAAGAGAUCUGGUAACAAAGAAUGGGCAAUUGGUAUCAUAACCUUCCUUCUUCCUAUGCUAAUAAGUGUCCCAACCAGUUUCUUAUUCCAUCGUUUCACCCAAGAAAAGUCAAAGUUAGAUAUCCAUGCAGAGAUAAUUGAUGGUGAACUCCAAUUCAUUGCAAUUUUAUGUUCCAUUACUUCUUUUCAUGAUAUCUCUUGCGUUCUUCAUGACUUGAAGCUUCUCAAUUCUGAGAUAGGCCGUAUAGCUACUUCAUCUUCUAUGAUAAGUGGAAUGCUUGGUUGGUUUACUCUAAUGGUGGCUUUCACAGUAAAGCAAUCAGUGAAAGUUGGGUUAGGGUUGGGGCCAUGUUUUCUGAUAUUUGCAUCUAUGGGUGUAGCAAUCAUCAUUCUUGUCUAUGGAAUCAAACCAAUGGUCGUUUGGAUGAUCAACCAAACACCAGAUGGAAAACCAAUCAAGGAAAUUUAUGUCAUUAUUGUUUUCUUGAUAUUCCUCUUUUGUGCUUUCCUGAGUCAACUAAAUGGUCAACUUCCUUUCUUCAUGCCUAUGUUUUUAGGGUUAAUUAUACCAGCUGGACCUCCAUUGGGAUCUACAGUGGUGGAUACCAUUGAUUGCUUUGUUUCAUAUAUAAUGUUACCACUCUAUUUUCUACUCAAUGGUGGAGAGGUUCAAUUAUCUGGAAUAAGUAGCUUCACUUGGUGGGUUAUCGCAACUUUGAGCUUGAAUUCUGCUUUGGGAAAGUUUGUAGGGACUUUGCUGCCUUGUGUCUACUACCAAAUGCCUUUCGUUGAGUCUCUCUCUCUUGCACUCCUCUUAUGUGCUGUUGGCCUCGUGGAUUUAUUGGCUUAUACUCGCUCACUCUACCUUGGGUACAUAACCAGUACAUCAUUCAGCAUAAUGAGCAUAAUGGCUCCUAUCAUCACUGGUGUAGUCUCAUUCACAGUAAAGUACCUCUACGAUCCAUCAAGGAGAUAUGAGUCUUACAGAAGAAGGACUAUUGAACAUACCCAUAGCCAUUCAGAGCUUCGUAUUCUGGUGUGCAUCAACAAUCAAGAAAGUGUCCCAACCAUUCUCAACAUUCUAGAAGCUUCCAACCCUACAAGAGAGAGUCCUUUAGGUGUAUAUGUCCUCCACCUAUUUGAGCUAGUUGGUCGAGCAUCUCCACUCCUUGUAGCUCAUCAAACCUCAGGAAGCAAAGGGAAAGGUUUAAACCACAAAUCUAACCACACCCAAAGAAUCAUGAAUGCCUUUAAAAUCUUCGAAAAUAACAACCAAGGGAUUGUUUUUGUACAAUUCUACACUUGCAUAGCUCCCUACUCCACCAUGCAUGAAGACAUCUGCACCGUCGCUCUUGAUAAGUAUACUUCCCUUUUAAUCCUUCAUUUCCAUAAAUUCUGGUCUAGUGAAGGAGUAAUGGUUGAAUCUGCUGGUCUUAGAAACGCAAAUAAACGUGUUCUUAAAAAAUCCCCUUGUUCAGUUGCCAUCCUUGUUGAUCUUGGAGCUUUUGGACGGCCAAGAUCUAUCCAUGAAAGUUGGUCUUUUUAUAGGAUUGGUUUGAUCUUCAUUGGUGGGGCCGACGAUCGAGAAGCACUGUUUUACGCUAUCCGUAUGGUGGCUCACCCUAAUGUUAAACUCACGGUGGUUCGAUUCAUUGAAGCAACGCAAGAUGAGGACAGAAUUGACGGUGUAGAUCAAUCUAUUGAGAUGAAGUUGGAUUGUGAUCUGAUCAAUGAGUUUCGGGUUAGUUUUGCCCAUGUGAAUAUGGGUCGGGUUUCUUACAUGGAAGAAGUUAUCAAAGACAGCUUAGACACAAAAAAUGUGAUUCAAUCUAUGGGUGAUUCUUCUGACCUAAUAUUAACUGGGAGACGCCAUCAAAGUAAUGCAUAUUCGUUCAGAGGAAUUAAAGAGAGAAUGAAGUUUCCAGAGCUUGGACGUAUUGGUGAUAUGCUUGCUUCCAAUGUUUACAAAACUACAGUUUCAUUGUUGGUAGUGCAACAACAUAAUUUCUCUAAAGGAGAAGUAGAGAGAGAAGGGCCAAGAUUGGUUUUGGAUAUUUCCAACAGCAACAAAACUAGUAAGAGUUAUUGCAGUGAAGAAAGCAAGGAAAAAAGUUUUAUAGAUGAUUUCAAAAUUGCAAAGAGAGAACAGUAG